AUGGACGGAAGAGAACAGGAGACAAUAGAGGAAGACGAGGGGUCCGGGUCAGAGGAUUCCGGGUCUGAAGAGUCGAGUUCGGAGGACGAGGAGGAAGACGAGGAGGCGCUGCGGAAGGCUGCAAGGGAAGGAGACACGGACAGAGUGAAGCAGCUGUUAGCGGAGGGAGUCAACCCUAAUGCUGCUGAUGGCCCUUUGCAAGAGUCUCCCCUGCACUGGGCAGCCCUGAGAGGUAACCAUGAAACUGUGUCAGCUUUACUGACAGCUGGUGCAGAUGUGAACGCACGAGACAAUUUGGAAAACACACCCCUCCAUGACGCAGCUACACGGGGCCGCCCCAAGUGUGCGGAAAUACUGCUGCAGCACGGGGCUGAUGCCGGUCUCAGGAACAAGGUUGGUCAAACGGCGGAGGACAUCGCUGCAGAUGAUGAGGACACCAGUAACGCUUAUCCGGGUGUCCCCUCACGUAAGAAGGAAUACGAUCCUGUACUCGUCCGGUUCUAUGAGGAAAGCGGAAUGACCGAGGCGAAGAAGGAUCACCCAUUGAUACAAGAAGCAGCUAAGGAGAGCGGGAAAACAGUUGAACAAGUCAUGAACUUCAUCGGUAACUACCGUAAGAGUCAAGGCGGCAGUAAGAGGAGACCGCCGCCAGACACGAUGGAGAGGAAGAGGAGGAUCACGGGAUAUCACGAGUACUACAGGGAACAGCUGCCAAGGAAAAGGGCCAACCGAGGAUUCUCCCUUGCCGGUGCCAAUAAGGAAAUCGGUGAGAGCUGGAAGAACCUGACUGACGAGGAAAAGGAGGGUUACAACAAAGCAGCAGAGAGGAGAAGGGGCAAAGAGACGAAAGUCAAAACUUCCUCAGAAGUGGCGAAAAAGCUGAAACAGCUCGAAAAACUGUCCGAGGAGCUUGACGAACUUGGUGUGGAGGCUUUGAUGGUUACUCUCUACAAUGGAAGGAUUCGAGCGUUCGGGUCCCAGAAGGAUCUGGUAAAGGACGAGAAGUUCGGGGGGUACAUCGAGAAUCAGCUGAAAGCAGCAGAACAUCAGCGGAAAGCAGAACAAUGCUUUACAAUGGACAGACGCCAAAGGAAUUCGGACAGAGAGGGCAGCACAGGAACGACUGAAGAGAGCCAUGACGUAACCGGAAGGCCCGGUAGCAGCACCAGCUCAGCCAGCAAGAGAAAGAAGAAGAACAAAGAGGCACAGCAGGGCAACCAGCAAAAUUCCAGUUCUGCUGCCUCUUUACCGUCGGCAUCUUCAACACAAGAGUCAACAGUCACAACAGAAGGACUUCUACCCAGAACAACAGACAUACCACAAAACACAGGGACUCCUGUACAUGUGGUAUCACCAAACAGAGCAACAUCUACCCCUGCCCGACCAAACACAGGAAAUCUUGAACUUCUGGCACAGCAGUCAGCAACACAUCCAGAUCUACACAACUCUUUCCCUGCAUCACCACACAACACAGGGACUCCUGUACAUCUAGAACCACAAACAACUCCAACAGAAUCACAGACAGGUUUUCACUACUUGUACAGAUCCAACAUGCCUCUUGAACUUCUGUUACCGCAAACAACUCAAACAACAUUUGCUGUUCGUCAAGUGCCUACAGGUGUGGACAAUUUCAAUUCCUUUGGACUUCCAGACAGAACAGCAUCACUGAGCCUACCUGCUGCCCUGCCAACAUUUCAAAUGCAAGGAACACCAGCCAUGACAACAGGAGGACUCCAACACACGGCACCACAGAUCCCCACAGCGUCGAGCUUAGGGACCUCUGUGCCAUCCCAGGUGACUCCAAUGGUUCGUCAGGCACCUACAGGAGUCGGGACCACAAACCAACAGUUUCCUCCCAGUCCGUUAGUAUUUCCAAUGCCUCAUCAUCGCUAGAUACAAGCACGUAUCUCAAUACAUGUACAGGCCAUUAUGGAAGUUGUUGUUCAGUAAAUAUGUUGUAAUAUGCUCUGUCAUAUUAAUUACAUGUACAUAACAAUGUAUUAAAAGCAUUGUUUAGUUGGUAUCUAGAUAAGGCAUUAUGAGAGUUCUCAAAAGUGGGAUCUUCUAUUUAGACGACAGUAUUCAGGUGCAGUACACCGGUACCUGACCUCUUUGUUUACUACCUGUGUGACCUCGGGCACCUGCCUCUGACGUCACUGGUCGCUAGGAUACCAGGUCAGGGUGGGGGCACGUCGUACGUGUCAGUAGAAAGUGAAAGAGUUUCUGUGGCAUUUUGGGACUUUCCUGCGCCACAAUGGGACUUUUUGUACGCGCUAAACUAGUGACACUGUGGUAGAAGUGGUCAAGAAGCCGACUGUUGGAACAGGUUAGAUUGGAGAGGGUUUGAUUCACUCUAUGGACCAGUUUUGUUCGACAACCUGCCUCGGAAGGGAACCAUUCAAGCGGCCAUGUUGGUAUGGACAGAAGUACGAUGGAUAUAUUAUAUUGGUGAACAUGAAUGACAUAACUAUGGCUAAACAUACUAUUUAGGACCUAAAGCUCAUUUCGGGAAUGAUAAGGAUGCUUUAUUUUCUGGAUCUGCAGAUUGCAUAGAAAAUAGGUGAGUAAUCAUAGUGUUGCACGUUUGUAAUGUAAGUUAUUUAUGUGAAGUAACGUUAAUUGCUUCCAGUAUAGUAAAGACACAGUAGAUCAGAAGCGAUCUUUUGUUCUUCAGUGUUUUAGAUUUGUAACGAGUAAUCACGGCGGUCUGUCACUACGGCAUUCUUUCCCAU